GGUGCAGAUGAGUUCCCGCAGUUGAUGCAGUGGAUGAACAUCAUAGCGCCGGCACUUGAAAAUGCAUUCUUCUCCGAAAGCAUCUGAUAAAAAUCAUCCAGCUUUUCCAGCGACAGUACCGGGUUGUCGUGGAUGAACACCGUCAUACGGUAUCCUGAGGAAAAACGUCCCCAACCCGUAGUUGUCAUGCAGAUUGGCAACGACAAGCAAACUUGUGAUGCGCAUCCCCAUGAAAGGCGUUUUCGAUCGUGUUUUGAAAUCUGUGAUGCUGUACACAGGAUGAGCAGCUGGGUUUGUAAUGCGGAUGACCUUGCUAACCUGCACUACACUACAGACGGCAACUUGUCAUGCGCUACAGCCAAAACUUCUGGAUUUGUGUUGCGAGAUCCCCAUCUUGACUCUGGGGUGGGAACGUUUUCACACAGGAUAUCCGGAUGGAGUUCAUCAUGUCCAUCGACAUGGAGCGGAGCGCCGGGUUUUCCCUGAUGUGAACCUCACCCCGGACAUUCCCGCCAAUGUUCAUGAAAAGUAAAUCGGGAUUGCUGUGCAAAAUAAUCGACGUCCGGUCUUGCGCGGUGACCCCGAUAUAAGCGAAGUCCAACGUUGUGGUGGUGGUCGUGGUCGUUGUCGGGGGUAACGUCGUGCUUCCAUCAUCGGAAUUCGACUCAAACACCACCAAGCUCGGACCGGAAAGGGUUGGUGGCCCCGCCGUCGCGAGCAGAACUUGCCCGGGGCCGGCGACAACCGCCGUUUCGGUUGUCAACAGGUUCCCGUCUCCGUCUCGCUCCCCCACUCGCGGCCAGUCGAUCGGCGGACCGGUUCGUGGCGUGUUGAAGAAGUUCGCUAGCGGGUUCAGGGAAUUCCCAUACGCCAUUAACAAGUACUGGAGCUUCAUGUUGUUCGUGAUCUCGAUGUUGUUGCUGAUGUAGGUGACUCGGGGGAAAUUCAUGCUGUUCGCGAUCGGGUUCGACCGCGUGAUCCAUCGCCGGGUGCUGUACGUAUACUGCCCGAGCGGAUUUUCCGCCGUGGUGAAACCCAUCUGUGUAGUUGUGAGAGCACGAGGAGAGGAGGAACCUUGUUGUUCAAGUCCAGGCUGACCACCACCACCGUCUUCAGAUUUAUUGUUCUUUAUUUCAUCUGGGUAGUGCGUCCGAUAACCCGGCUCCGAAAGCAUCCAUAAUAGUCUUCUCCGAAAGCAUCUGAUAAAAAUCACCCACCUUUUCCAGCGACACAAUUCCCUUACAAGCCACGCAUUACAGGUUUUCUCUGUCUUGUAGAGCAAAUUUGUGAUGCUGUCGACCAAAGAUAG